CGAGCGUAGAGAAGGACGGACACAAUCUUACAACUGGCGACGAGGAGAAAAAAUAAUUGAGGAACGAGAUGGAUGAAUCACGGGCGGUUCCGGCUUUUAGAUGUGAUAGAAUCGAAACAAGUAAACUUGCUCGAGAAUGGAAGGUGUGGAAGGAGUCACUGGAGUGCUUCUUUGCGGCCUACGAUAUAACGGAUCAGAGAGUCAUGCGAGCGAAAAUGCUCCAUAUGGGUGGUUCUGCCUUGCAGACGGUUUUCAAGAACCUGGAAGAUCAUGAUCACGUUCCACUGGUCGCCCUGGUUCCGCGAUGGUACGAUGUAGCGGUUGAAAAACUCGACGCAUUUUUCGAACCAAGACACCAAAACACUUCUGAGCGCAGGAAGCUCCGGCAAAUAAAGCAGAAUUCUGGUGAAAGAUUUGCGGAUUACGUCAUCCGUCUUAAGCAGCAAGUUGGUGAGUGUGGAUUCGAAAGAUAUGGAGCCGAUAUAGAGGAAAUCCUGAAGAAUAUCUAUCUAACGGAUGCCGUUGUUGAAGGAUGUUCUUCAAACGAAGUGCGCAGAAUGAUUCUGCUGAAGGAUUUGCCUUUCAAGGAUAUCGAAGCAUUCGGAGUUACCCAAGAAGGCGUGGACCAGCAAUUGGUUGAGAUUACCCAAUCGGGGACUCACACGAUGGAUAAGGUAUACAGUGCUCAUUCGCAGAAUCGAGACCGCCGUAGUGCUGUUAGAGAUAACUCAAACAGGGUGUCGAUGAAGAAAUGUUACAAUUGCGGUCGGCAGGGACAUCUGUCAACCUCUCCAAUGUGCCCGGCACGCGGUCAGCAAUGCCGCAACUGUAAGAACUACGGUCAUUUCGAGAAACUGUGCCGUAAGCGAAAGUCAACGCGAUCAGAACCCUCGAAGAAGAAUCAAAUCCGAGUAAUUGAAAGCAUCAGCAACGACAAUGAUCUAAAUGUAGUCGUACCAGAAGACAACCCAACCCAAGACAAAGUGUACUACGCCUUCUACUCAGGUAAUGAAUCAAACAUGCUUACAUGCAGUAUCGGUGGUGUUUCUACGGAAAUGUUGGUCGAUUCUGGUGCUGAUGCUAAUUUGAUUAGCGAGGUAUCUUGGGUGAAAAUGAAAAAUAGUAGGAUUUCGGUGUAUUCGUCAACCAGAGGGAGCAGUCGAAUUUUAAGAGCGUAUGGCAGCGAUAUUCCAUUGACCAUUUUGGGAACCUUCGUUGCGGACAUAACCAUUGGAGAGAAGACAAUUCAAGCUGAAUUUCUCGUAGUCAAAGGAGGCCAACGUUGCCUUCUUGGUGACCGAACAGCGAAGCAGUUAGGUGUAUUAAAGAUUGGUUUGCACGUCAAUCGUGUCGAGAACUCUACACAGCCGUUCAGCAAGAUUAGGGGUAUCACGGCUUACAUCCCUAUGAAUCCUGAAGCCAUCCCAGUUUUCCAGCCAAUGCGUCGCAUUCCUUUGCCAUUGGAACAAGCAGUUGCGAAGAAAAUCGAUGAAUUACUGAAGCGGGAUAUCAUCGAAAUCAAGACAGGUCCAACCAGCUGGGUGUCCCCGUUGGUUAUUGUAGGAAAGGCAAAUGGUGAGCCUCGACUCUGUGUUGAUCUCCGCCGAGUAAACGAGGCUGUUCUUCGUGAGCACCAUCCGAUGCCUGUUGUGGAAGAUUACAUUGCGCGCCUGGGAAGAGGAUUGAUAUGGAGCAAGCUCGAUAUUCGCGAGGCGUUCUUGCAGGUCGAAUUGGCAGAGGAAUCACGUGAUGUAACGACCUUCAUGACCAACCGGGGGCUAUUCCGGUUUAAGAGACUGCCGUUCGGCUUAGUAACGGCACCGGAGCUUUUUCAAAAAGCUAUGGACGAAAUACUGGCAGAUUGUAGCGGCACCUAUUGGUAUCUCGACGACAUAAUUGUAGAAGGGAAGGACAUCGAAGAGCACGAUAAUCGACUUGAGAAGGUUCUUUCGAGAUUGAAGGACAGUAACGUGAGUAACUUGGGGUUCUAUAAAGUAGAAGAUCGUACAGCUGUAGUAGCAGAUGCCAGUCCCCAAGGGUUAGGAGCUAUUCUACUCCAAAUCAACGACGAAAAUGUCCAACGUGUGAUCAGUUUCGCUUUCAAAUCCUUAACAGAAACGGAACGACGGUACUGUCAAACGGAAAAGGAGGCCCUAGCUGUCGUGUGGAGCGUGGAACGAUUCCAAUACUAUCUCCUUGGCAAGAAAUUUAACAUCCUGACAGACUGUAAGCUAUCCAGGAACCUAAGCCAUUCGAUCAAUCGGAUAUUCGUACGCGAAGUAGCCAUUCAAGCUGCUAACUGUGCUGCGUUAACUUGGAAUGAGAUUGUACAAGCAACAGAAAUCGAUGACGAAAUCUCAAAAGUACUGGAAAUUCUGAGGAAUGGUGAUAUGCAGAACUUAUCUGUUGAAUACAGAGUAGUUGCCAAUGAAUUGUGCAAUUUUCAAGGCGUACUGCUACGAAACGAUCGGAUUGUCGUACCUUUUUCAUUAAGAGAAAAAGUGCUGAUUACAGCUCACGAGGGUCAUCCUGGCAUAGUGAUGAUGAAAAGUCACCUAAGAUCAAAUGUCUGGUGGCCUAAAAUGGAUCAGGCAGUUGAACGAUUCGUGAAGCGUUGUAGAGGUUGCGUAUUAGUUGCUGCUCUCGAAGCACCAGAGCCAAUGCAACGUAGUCACCUCCCUUCAUCACCGUGGCAAACAUUGGCACUCGAUUUUUUGGGACCUCUGCCUGAGGGGCAACACCUGUUGGUUGUUGUUGACUGUUACAGUCGUUAUAUAGAGGUAGUUGAAAUGGAUACAACAACAACAAAAAAUGUUACGCGAGAGUUGAUGACCAUGUUCAGUCGGUACGGAAUUCCAUCGUUCUUGAAAGCCGAUAAUGCACCACAGAUUAGUUCCGAUUGUGAGGAGUUUAAUGAGUUUUGUUCGACUAAUGGUAUCAAAUUGCUGAACACAAUACCGUACUGGCCUCAAUCAAACGGAGAGGUUGAACGGCAAAAUCGUUCGAUUUUGAAGCGCCUCCGAAUAUCUCAGGAGCUUGGGAAAGAUUGGAGAAACGAGCUACGGCUGUAUCUAUUAACCUAUCAUUCCUCGAAGCAUCCAACCACAGGCAAAUCACCAGCAGAGUUUAUGUUCGGUCGUCAGAUAAAAAGCAAGCUACCAAGGAUUUCGAGUUUUCUUGAAGAUGAAGGAGUACGUGAGAGAGAUGCUGUCAUCAAAGAAAAGGGGAAAGAGUACAGUGACAGAAGAAGACAAGCAAAGGAGAGUAAUAUAAAAGAGGGUGAUGUCGUACUUGCUAAGCGGAUGCGAAAAGCAAAUAAACUAGACACCGAAUUCACUAACGAAGAGUUUGUAGUUCAGCGUAAAGAAGGUACUGAUACCGUCAUACAAUCGAAGGCCACUGGUAAACAAUAUAGGCGAAGUUCAGCUCAUUUAAAGAAAAUUGAAGAUCCAAGAACUUUCCGGAAAACUCAGGAAGACAGCUCAGAGCCUAUCUCUCCGUCAGUUCAAUCUGAAAUCGACGGCGACAGGAGAUGUGAUUCCAGGGUCGAGUCAGAAAACACAUCAGUCGAGGCAUCCGUUUCAUCCAGAUCACCUGUAACAAGACGUCCGAGAAAUGUACCGACGAAGUAUCAAGAUUAUAUACCGUAUUAA